GUAUUGCAGAUAGACUUUAGGCAUAUUGCAGAGGAGAGGACAUUUAUGAGUUGUUUUUGAGCCGUAGUGUUAUCUACAUGAAGUUAGUUGGGUGAAUUGGAGAGAGCGGAUAUGUAUAUAGUAUAAAAUUGAGUAAACAGAACGAAAACUGUUAGUGUGAGGGUCAUUUUCUCGACAUUUUUUUCAUACACUGCUCGGAACAUUCGAGAAACGAGCAAUUACCCUACUUUCAGUCAUAGUUAAAAAAUUAUAAGGGUGUUGUUACGGAAUUUUUAGACUUUUUUGCAAACGACCAGCUAUUUCUGGAAAAUCGUUAGGGCGAUUGGUUUAGAAAACGACAUACUGUAUUAAGUUAAAACGACUUGUGUUUAAUCGACAUUAAAAACGGUUGUUUUGUUUCAUAAUUGCAGUUAGCUUGAUUCGUUUGCAGGGACUGAACGAGCUUGUGUUCGGUGUUAAGUUCUUCACGUGUAUUUUUAUUUAUGUAUGAUUACAGCGAUAGCGCACAAUAAAGGUGUUGGUAUUUUAUGUUAACUGACCCGUGGUUACUGUUUAAAGGGUCGUAAACUGCACUGAAUCUUACCGUUGCACGGCGCUGUUGAGAGUUUAGGACUGUUGCAGCAUGUCGGGACAGCGAAGACCACUGAUCACCCAUUCUUGGGAGGAAAACGAGUGCUUAACCUACUAUGGAAUGCAGUCUCUGCACGAAAUGUUUGAUGUGAUCGGCUCUCAUCUGACGGACAAUGACGUUGAGGCCUUAUCGUUUUUAUUGGAAGAGCUUUAUCCGGCUUCUCACCCGUUGGACCCAACAACAUGGGUGGUGGACCGGGCCGCCGAAGAUGAUUUGGGCCCCGAAGAUAACGGACCUUCGCCUAGUCUCCUGCGAGCUUGGCAGCGGUACCAACGCACAACAACCACCAAUUCUAAUCAACUCUUGUGUACUUUCAAUGCACUCCGACCAAAGAACGGUGUAGAAUUGCUCCUGCAACUUGAGAAGCGAGGCUUGUGUAAUGAGUCCAGUUUCAACCAUCUACUACAGCUGUUGCGCAUCCUUACUCGGCAUGAUUUGAUCUCUUUCGUCACCCAAAAAAGACGAAGGACAGUGUCUCCUGAGCGAUAUAGUUAUGAAAUGCCCACUUCUAACUCAAAGGAGGAAGGAAUUGAAGUGAAGCAUGAUAAAAGCCCCAAAGAGCCUAUAAGUGGAGAAGGCCAGUGGAGAGCAGGUGUGGAUCCGAAUUUGUCACAUUCCACCAGUCACACACCUCGGCGUGGUAAGAAGCGUCGAAGUGGUAAACUCCAUAAACCUAGAGCAAGAGGAGGCGAAUCGAGCUUGCUGCAGUCUUCACCUGUCCAGGAUAGAGUGACAUGUGACAUAAGGCUCCGUGUUCGUGCAGAGUAUUGUGAGCAUGACAGCAUCCUCAAUGGAAAUGUUGUUUCUAAUAAGCAACAUGCACUGGAGCGCCAAUUUGAGCUCUUCAACCAAUCCAACACUAUCCUGAAGUCCCGUGACCUGGGGUCCAUCAUUUGUGACAUCAAAUUUUCAGAACUCUCCUACCUUGAUGCCUUCUGGAAUGAUUACCUUAAUGGAUCUCUACUUGAAGCUUUGAAAGGUGUCUUCAUUACAGACUCUUUAAAACAAGCAGUAGGACAGGAAGCAAUUCGGUUAUUGGUCAACGUUGACGAGGAUGAUUACGAAGAGGGUCGACGCCUGCUUUUAGAAAACCAUCCUCUGCAGUGACUCAGGUUUCCACAAGAGGGCAGAGCUUGCACCUUUAAUUUCAAGAUGAUUUGAAGGGAAGGAAGUGCAAUUGAUUGCAACUAUCAAAAUAAGGACCUUGUGGAAUUACUGUUCAUUUUCCCCUCCCCUGUGGCUGCCAUUAACCUUGACUUUUGAAGAUUUAUCUUAAAGAGUACUGGUUCAUUUUGGUGUACACAGGUUAUUCCCACAAACAUCCUGUUCAAAAUCUGGUAAAGUCUUUAGAGGGGUGCGGACAGGUUUUUUUUUUUUUUUCUAUCUUGGUUUCACCUUGUAGUACUGUCAAGGUGCAACGUUUCUCUGUCACGAAGGUAAUAUGAUUAAUAAGGUUGCAUGUUGCAGUCUUGUUGAUCUGUUAAGUGUUCGAUGAUUUGGGAGAGGAGGGGAAGCAAUGACUGAGCCUGGUCCAUUUAUUAUGGAAGGCAGAUGGAAUAAGUUGUUCAGACUUGCAAAAUGUUACCUUUUUAUAAUAGUGGUGCUGUAAUUCUCAGGGCCUUCCAUGAAGUAACCCUGUGUUGCUUAAAAAGGAACUAGAGAAGUCACUUGCCGUGAUCUGUAAGAACAGAUGGGGAUGGCAAGUGACCUAUACCUCGGUUUAACUUUGCAACAUCUAAGGCAUCUCAGUUCUCUAAACUUCUACCAAUCGGUUCCUGUGUUGACAUGCAGUGGAUUGGUCUAUGAGAAACCUGGGAUUUUAACUUAAAAGGGAAUUAAGUUUGUGUCAUUGCAAGUGAAUUGUAGAUCAAGUUUUAGUAGAUGGGCAUCUGUGAAGCCAGGUGUACUGCUGAACAUCAAGUAUUUAAAGGCUGCCAAUAGUUUUGAAACAUGAAUUGACUUACUUGAAUUUUGUGCCUCACAACCAAGCAGGGUAAAGAAUAUGACAAAUUACCCUUGGUGGAAACCCUUAAUCCUGUCUGUAUAGGCUGUGUUUGGUUUCUACCUCCCACGUCACCUGCUUGGCUUAAGUACCUUUUGAAUUGGCCAAGACUGUGCCCUACCUAGAUGUGAUAUGUUUAGUAUGGCAGCAGUUGGAACAUGUGGAGAUUGUUCCCAGACCUCAAAAAAUUAAUCCACAGAGAUGAAUUGAUUCAUUGUAGCGUUUCUCUGAUUAGAUUAAUUCCAGAAUUGGAGAGAAAAAAAAAAUUCUUGUUUUGUUCAGUCUGACGUGUAAACGGUGUAGGACUGAAAAAAUAUGUAUAUCCUGGUUUUAAGAAGAGCAGUUUUUUUUUGUUUUCCUAAUGUAAAUUGAAGUAGCGUUUCUAUUAAGUUGGAUGAUAGCGUUUUCUGUACAGAUCAUUUCUGAUAAAUUUGUUUUGACUAUUAUGGCUUAAUAUAUUUGUAUGAAAAAUAAAAACUAUAUUCAUUAAAUAAA